AUGAGCUACCAGAAUAUGCUGGAAUCCGAUGGGAUCUCGAGCGAGGACACGAGCCAAAGUCAUGAAGGCUUCCAGUGCACGGAAAAGAAGGACGCUGGCUUCAUCCGCGCGAGGUUCCGCUACUUCUGGGGGCCUUUGGUCCUAGGGCUGUCGGCUGAGAUUCUGCUGAUCCUGGCGGUGCUGAGAUAUGAAAAGAAGAACUGGGAUGAAAUGCUGCCGGUCCUUCAGCAACUGGAUUUGGACGCCAGCAACCUGAGCGGUCCAGGCUUCCAGUUUGUGUUCGUCUUUGUGGCCUGCUUGGUUGGGCGGAUCCUCACACUCUGGGGCUGGCGCUGGACGCUCUGCCGUGGGAAGGACAGCCAAUUUGGUGCAAUCUUCAUGGGUUUCAACUGCUUGCAAUGGCUUGUCUACUUCUGGCUCCUGGGGCUGGAAACCGGCCAUCCGACUUAG